CGCUGACAAAGCUGGGUGGGGACUAGUCCCUGGGCUGCAGCCGCCCGCUACACAUACACACAGCGCUGCCGCCGCCGCUCUGUGGGCGACUCCUACUACUGCUGGACGGCUGCGCCGGGCUGGGCUGAGCUCGCUGCAAGCAACAGCAGCUCCGCGAGGGGAAGCCGCUCUCUUCCGACCGAGCCCCGGAGCCAAGCCAGAUCCGCCAGUGAGCCUCAGGCUUUGGGAACUGAAGAGCUUCUAGCCUCCCUCCUGAGAGGCAGCCACUGUUAAUAGUUCCUUGCGUGUGUUCCAGAAAUUCUCCAUCUCCUGGUUAAUCUGUAUUGAAAAGAGUGUCUGAAAGACUCACCCAGUGCUCCGAUGGCCAGCAACAACACCGCCAGCAUAGCACAAGCCAGGAAGCUGGUAGAACAGCUUAAGAUGGAAGCCAACAUUGACAGGAUAAAGGUCUCCAAGGCAGCUGCAGACUUGAUGGCCUACUGUGAGGCGCAUGCCAAGGAGGACCCCCUGCUGACCCCUGUCCCGGCCUCAGAAAACCCAUUUCGGGAGAAGAAGUUCUUCUGCGCCAUCCUUUAAGUCUCCAGGAGGAGGCUGCAGAGCCUCCGGGCUCCCGGGACUUUGCCGUAGAGUUUCUAGCAAAGUGGGCGCCUUCCUCGUCCACGGCAUUUAAAGAGAGGGAGGAGAACCAUCGCGAAACUCCAGGCUGUGCAUGUUUAAAGAACUGGUCCCUUUUAUGAGAAUGAAAGCCAAGCCACAUCCUGACUUAAGAGAUCUGAUUCUGCAGAGCUGCCUGGAGGAGGGGGAUGUAUGAAAAUAAAAUUGGUGUCACUUCUUUUCUGCUAUUCCCCUCCCCGCCCCUCCAAGACCUUACAUUUCUGCUUCAUAUUUAAAAAAUAAACAUUAAAACAGACAGCUGUACUGAGCUAAGAUAUGUAUGACCUUCUCGGAAUGAAUAUUGUGUUUAGAUACCCUUUGAUAAGCUGAGUCGUCCAGUGUAGCUGCGGUUUGGUUUCAUGAAAUCGAUGUUUAGUCCUUGUGCCUUUCUUUUUCUUUCUUCCUUUCCCCUCCCCCCUGCCCCUCCCCAUUAGAGUAGUUUGGAGAUAAGGCUGGACUUCUGUGUAGGACUGAACUCCCAGGACGGGCACCCAGAAUGCUUAAGGAGAUGUUCCUCACGGUAAUAACUCAAAACAAUCGCCAGUUGUCUGUGCUUUCUUAUCACUAUUCCUAAUAUUUGUACACAAUAGCUUUGAUUCUGCAAGUAAAUCAUGUGUUGUGACUGGUGCUUCCA